UACCUAAUGUCUGGAGUGCCAGCCAGAGUGUCACUGGUGCCAGCAGCCCUCGCCACCCUGGUCAAGGCUGCGAGUGCCACUUCCCACAACCAGUCCCUCCUCAAGCGUCUCCCAUCCUCACCUCACACUCGGAACAGAACCAUCUUUGUAUACGCUUCAAUAAUGUCAAGCCCCAAAGCUGUAAUCAAUGCUCUGAAUACCGACAAGAUUUGUGCAGCAAGACUGGAUGAGAUGAUGCCAGAACCCCUCCCUCCUGAACAUGAUCUUGCUACUUUGCCAAAUUGCACUAUGUUGCAGGCUUGGCCUUGGUAUUUCUGGCUAAUCAUUGUGAGCCACAGUGAAUUCUGCUGUCUGGCCUAUAGAACUGGAUGUGGCCAGAAGCUGUCAGUCAUCAAGUUAUGUGUAAGCAGGAGCAGAGACUCAGUACACCAUAAGAAAGUCUGGUGGUCGCAAUAAUAGUUGCUUAUUUCAAGGCUACUCUUCGUCAAGAGACUACGUGACAUGAGAGCUGCGUUGUGGGCAGCGUUGGUGGUGGUUAGCGUGACAGCUGCCAUAUGUGAACGGCUUCAACAGCAAUACCAACAACAGGAACGAGAUCAACAUCAGCAACCAGAAAAAUUGCAUCAUCAACAGAGGUUUCCUAACAUAGUUGUGAUGUUAGUUGAUGAUCUGGGUAUCGGGGACCUUGGCUGUUAUGGCAACACCACUAUCAACACACCAAACAUUGACAGGUUGGCUCAGGAUGGAGUCCGUCUGACGCACCACCUGGCGGCGGCAUCUCUCUGUACUCCCAGCCGGGCUGCUCUUCUCACUGCUCGCUACCCUAAUCGCUUUGGUUUAGUUGGCGAGGAAGGAACAAUAGGAGUGAUCCUUCACAUUGCUAGUAAAGUUUCCCUGCCACUGGAGGAAGUGACAAUAGCAAAAGCACUCUCUGCUGCCAACUACACCACUGCUGCCAUAGGUAAGUGGCAUUUGGGUCAGAUGUGUGGAGCGUUCGGGCGAGGGUGUCUGGGACCCAAACGUCACGGCUUCCAGUAUUUCUACGGUCUGCCGUUAUCACUGAUAUCUGACGCAGCUGGCUCCCAUCCUUUCUGGAUAUUCCCUCUAGAUGAUCCUUUCUACCAGGGCUUAACUGGAGGCUGUCUGGCAAGCAUGUUGGUGAUCCUUGUGGGUUGGUGGCGGUGCAAGUGCCGAUGCCUCGUCACCGUGAUUCCCCUGGUGGUGGUCGUGCUGGUGGCCGCUGUCCUCUGGUUCCUUCUGACACACUACCGCUUGCACACCCAAUGGUGGUGGCGUGUCUCCCCAUGGUUGAUGCAGCACCUGAACUGUUUAGUGAUGCAGGAUGAGGUGGUGGUGGAGCAGCCACUGGUGCUGGAGGGUCUCUCUCAGCGACUUGUUGAUCAGUCUCUUGAGUUCAUCUCUAACCACGCAAAUGACAGUCGCCCCUUCUUCCUGUACCACGCCUUCGCCCACGUCCAUACACCCAUGUUCACACUACCAAGCAUGGCUGGACGCAGCAGGCAUGGCAGGUACGGGGAUAACGUGGAGGAGAUGGAUGCUGGCGUGGGGAAGAUCCUGGAUGCUCUCACGUGCCACAACCUUGACAACAACACCAUUGUUUACUUCGUGUCUGACCAUGGCGCCCACCUGGAGGCCAUAGCCCCGGACGGCCAGCGUACAGGAGGAUAUAAUGGACGCUUUAAAGGGGGUAAGGCUAUGGGUGGAGCUGAGGGCGGGAUCCGUGUACCAGGGAUCUACCGAUGGUCAGGUCACCUGCCUGCCGGGGUCACCGUCGACCACCCCACUUCCUUGCUCGACAUGAUGCCCACGCUCCUACACCUGGCUGGCCUCCCGCCUCUUCAUCAGCUGCUCCCUAACUUGCCCUACAGGGAGCUGGACGGAGUGAGCGUGGCCAACCUGCUGAAGAACGGCACUCUGCCUCCCCCUCGGGUCCUCCUCCACCACUGUGUUCAAGCCAUUCAUGCCCUCAGACUUGUUCAAGACAAGAAAGUGUACAAGAUGCAUAUAGCAGGUCACAAGUGGCCUAAAGGAAGCACACAGUGUGGCUGGGGAGAGGAAUCCUAUUGCCAGUGUUAUGGUGACACUGUUCAACACUAUGGCCAUCAACCCCUCUUGUUUGAUCUCCAGAAGGACCCGUACGAGGACCAUCCCAUACCCACCAACACCACUGAAUACAUCGAGGUGACGGGGAUGUUGCAGAGGUACCUGGCCAACUGGAGGUCGCGGGUGCCCUACCCUCGCUCCCAGUUCAGGAGCGUUGCCAACACUAUAUUGUCUCCCUGGCUCCAGCCCUUCCGAUGGCCCUAGACUCGCUGACUUUAUGGAAACGAUCUGACCUCUGUAGCACAGACCUGAGUGUGAUUCACAGGCAGGACAAGAGAUUUGGUGAUGUUUCCUUACACCUGUGCCUUCAUCUAGCAGUAAAUAGUACCCGGGAGCUAGUCAGAUGUUGUGGGUUGCAUCCUGGGAAAGUUCAGUCAUUGGUCUUGGGGAACCUUGUUUAGCCCAACAGACUUCCACUUCCAGACAUGGGAAACCAUUAUACUAGCCCAUAGUAUGAAAUAAAAUUGAGUACUGUAUCAUUAUUCAUAAUUGUGGAAAAGUUUACAAUUAUACAAAUUCAAAAUUUAGCACAGUAUUGGUCGAGUAUUUUCAAUUGACUUAAUUAAUGUACAGUACAUACUUGAAUUGUUGUAAACUAUUAUUAUUAUUAUUUUAAUUUAAACACCAUUAAUAUAUCCAUUAUGAAAGACAAAGUUUUAACAAAUAUUAAAAUGGAAAAUAAGUGAGAUGCAAACAAUUUGAAAGGGAAACAUUACAGUAAUUAUAACACAGUUGUACAAAUUUGUACAGCCUCUGUAUUUUACAUUACCAGAUUCAGGGAGCUAGCCUGGAUCAAACUCACUUGAAAAACAAAAAUUUGAGUGGCAAAUGUUUAGAAAAUUAUUUUUUUGGUGUUUUCUGGAAAAGUGAUUUCCUUCAGAUGUCAAUUUGUUUUUUGUUUUUUUAAGAGCAAUCCUGCAUCAUAAUUAAUAUAUCUUUACUUCUGUUUUGUGUAUUAAACGUGACUUCAAUCUUAUAUGUUAAUUUAACUCUGUAAAUCGUGAUGGUAAAGUGCAAUAAAGGUAUCAUUGCAACUUUACAGGAAAUCGUUAAAUCUUAAAUAUAUCUUGGUUCUUAUACUGUACUUGAAAUAUAACUUAUACUUGAAAUUACUUGCCAUUGAUGUAAAAACAUCAAUGCUAUGUACUCUCAUAAACAUCAAGUGUUUAAUAACGUUAAUACUUAGAUUUUUCCUCCUUAAUUACUCUCUGUAUUUCAAUGAUCAAAAGCAUAUGUCUAAGGCUAAUACUGUACUUGAUACAGGAAAUAAUACCGAUUGGGUGAGCGGGAAGUGUGGGAUAGAAGACGAAGAUGUUGGGGGAGAGGAAAAGGAAAUAUAUUCUAACAUUCUUAAACCUAUACUAUUUGCAGACGUACUACUUUGUCUAUUCUGACCCCAACCCCCCACACACUAAAUAUUAUUGUCAACACUGAAUUUAAAAAGUCCACUUGUGGAUGUCAACUAACAAACUUACACUAAACAAAAAAAAACUUAUACAUUUUAUUUGAUAGUAAAUCAUCAAAUCCCAUUUAUCCUCAGAUACACAAUAUUAACUUUACCAAUAAAAAUGAGGGGAGGUUCCUUGACGUAUACAUAGAUGGCUGUAAUGCGACUCCAGGCGUAUCACAAAUUUUUGGGGCGAAGGGUGAAAUUGGUGCACAGGACGUAGGCUUUUAUUUCAUUGUAAGCUGGGGGUGGCAUGCAGUAGACCAUGUACUUAAAGGCAGGUGGCCGGUUCCCCAGCUCCAUUCAAUGUUGCAUGCGGUCAAAGCCAUGCCUUCCUCGUCAAAAACCCUGCCAUUCUUAGGCCCACUUCCCGAUGCAUACGGUGAGCAAGAGGAAAGGGGGAGGGGGGAUGGGCUUUGCUGGACCCCCUCCUCAUCACCCGACACAAACUUUAUUAUGUCAACUCUGAUAUGCUUGCCAUGACUUCUUCUUUUAAUAGGAAUAUCUGUAUGCAUGCAUACUCUUUUUUCAGUGUUUCUGUAUACAUGUAGCUUGUCUCAUCAUUUACACAUGUAAGGUAAUGGUAGACACAAAGUAAGUGGGUAAUUAUUGGUAAUUAGUAAUGUUAAUUGUUUACGAGUACUGGUGCAUAGGCGAUAUACAUCCUUCAUUAUAAUUGUUAGGUGCACCAUUUAUAAUUCAGUUAUGAAUUCUCUAACUUUGUAUACUUGAUUUAUGCACUACUAUGUGCAGGUGCAUGUGCUCCUACUUACGUAGAAUAGGUAUACAAGUACAGUACAGAUAUUAAGGUCACUUAACAUGUAUCCCUACACAUGCACACCGUAGGCUGCAACUCGCAGUUGUAACUUACUAGCAACUGAAAAGCUGCAAAACAUCUCAGCAGCUUCAGUUGCAAAUUACUGUACUAGCAUCUGCAGUUGCAGCAAUCUCACACAACUUGCAGUUGGAAAUAUAUUAGUAACAUUUAAAAUAAUAAAAAGUUAUAUUGCC